AUGACGGUCCACCACCAGAACCACCACGUGGCCGCACUGAGCGGCGUCACCGUGCCGGGGAACGGGCUCAACCUUAGCAGGAUGUCCGGCCUGGAGGCCCAGAGGGCCCUCGAGACCCUCGACCGCAACGGCCUGGACUCCAGGAACAACAACCUGGACCGCGUGGCCGACGCCUCCACCACCGUGCCCCAGAGGUCCCGAUUCAUGAUCACCGACAUCCUCGCCGGCGCCUCCAGCCCUGCCGGGCUGCAGACCCAGGAACCCCCCGGGAGCCCGCCCUCCGCCCCCAGGGAUCUCAGCGUCAGGAACCAGGCCAGGUCCUCCCUCGGGAACGGCAACCUCGACGAGGACAGCCACCACGACGCCGUCUCCGUGCCUUCGAACGGUGACAAGGGGGACGACCCCAAGGGAUCGUCUUCGAACUCCCUGAGCUCGGCUCAGGGCAAGAAGCAGCGGAAAGCCCGCACGGCGUUCACGGACCAUCAGCUGCAGACUCUGGAGAAGAGUUUCGAGCGACAAAAGUACCUCAGCGUUCAAGACAGGAUGGAAUUGGCCGCCAAACUGCAGCUGACCGACACGCAGGUCAAGACGUGGUACCAGAACAGAAGGUAA